AUGAUGCCCCGGCAGCCCUAUGCACCAACACCGCAUAGCUACAUCCCAAACACGACACUCUCAGCUACCAUCAACCUCGAUGAGGAGGUCAAGUUAGCCGACACACGCGCCGAGCGCGAUCUCCAGGACUCGCUCGCUGAGAUAUUCAGCAUCAUUGUCACCCUUGACGAGCUCGAAAAGGCCUUUCUUAAAGAUGCGAUCCCCGAAGCCGACUAUACCGAGAUCUGCGAGCGGUCCCUGAAGCAGUACAAGUCCAUCCUGGCAGACGAGACCGUGUCUAUGGCCUUUCGGGGCCUGGAAGAGUUCAAGGCGGAGUGGGAUCUCGAGGUCCCCCGCGCAACGGAGCGCAUCCGCGUUGGCAUGCCUUCGACAACUGUGACCGCCUCAUCAAGCGCCGCCCCGGCGCCGUCGGCCGCCGGUAACACAAGCGGAACGCUGAUCCUGGAGGCGACGCAGGAGUUCAUCACCUUCCUUGACGCUGUGAAGCUGGGCCUGCUCUCCAAGGACCAGCUGCAUCCCCUGCUGUCCGACGUCAUCCAGUCGGUCAACAAAGUGACGGACCGCGACUUCGACAACAGGGGCAAGAUUGUGCAGUGGCUUAUCACUCUGAACCAGAUGAAGGCCACAGACGAGCUGAGCGAGCAGCAGGCCCGCGAGCUCGAGAUGGACAUCCAGCAGGCUUACCAGGGGUUCAAGAGUACUCUGACGUAG